UCAACGACCCCUCCUCUUAAGCUGCUUAGUGACUCUCACUUGCCAAGUUGGCAUUACCACUCUCUCUUCAACAUCGAUCACUUACUUCCUCCAUAACCAAUUCUCAACCACACCACCUACCUACCUCAUCGCGGCAGCAACCUCCACCUCCUUCUUACCACCUCAUUGUACCACCCUGAUCACAAUGUCUUCCCCCCUAACCCCACCCCCUCGCCCCAUUCGCCUCGCCAUCCUCGAAGCCGACACUCCAGUACCCGGCGCACACGCCCGCUACUCCGGCUACCGCGGCGUCUUCACGCACUUGUUCACCCGCGCCCUCGCCUCCUCCCCCCCUUCCUCUCAGGACGUUUCGCAAGACCAAAAACAACAACAGGGACAACAACACCCCUUAUCCUCCUACCUAACCAUCUCCGCCCACGACGUUGUCAACAACCUCUCCGACUACCCCUCCCUCUCCGACAUCGACGCAAUCCUCAUCACGGGCUCCAAACACAGCGCUUACGAAAAUGACCCAUGGAUUGUGAAAUUGACCGAGUUCGUCAAAAAGGUUCUUACUGAGGCGGGUGACGGUGACUCGGACGGAAGCAAACAAGGGAAAAAGAUCAAAGUCAUCGGUGUCUGUUUCGGACACCAGAUUAUUGGGCGAGCGCUGGGGCAGGUGGUGGAGAGGAACGAGAAGGGGUGGGAGGUUAGUGUGACGCCCGUUGGGUUGACGGAUGUGGGGAGGCGCUUGUUUGAGGGGAGGGAGGAGUUGAAAAUCCAACAAAUGCAUCGUGAUCACGUCGUGGGUGUUCCGGACGGAGCGCAACUCCUUGCUUCUACCGACGUGUGCGAGAACCAGGGGUUCGUUAUUCCGGGGAGGGUGUUGACGGUGCAGGGCCACCCGGAGUUCACCACGGAUAUCAUGGAGGAGGUGUUGGAAUUGCGAAAGGCGACUGGCCUUUUCAACGAGGAACUGUUUGGAAGUGGUAUGGAAAGAAACAAGGUGGAUGAUGGCGUGUUUAUAGCCCAGGCCUUUUACAAGUUUCUGCUGCAGGAUUGAGUGAGGGGGGCUGAUGAAUAGACUACUGCAUUGACUUGCGUCCAGAAUUUACCUAACGUCGCAAGGUACGGGCUUAUGUCAAACACAGUAGAGGAGGAACGAACAAUUGAUGUUGAUAUGUUCGACUUUGCAGUCUUCUAGAGUAUAUUCUGUGUUUGGUGGGUAUAUACAGUAUGCUAGGCGCUACGCAAAACUGGCCAUGCUAAACAUCUGCUUCAUUUUUUAGAUCAAUGAACCCACCCACCUUUCUCCGCCUUACUUGUCCCUCCGUCCAGCCCUCUCUGUGCUGUGUUUGAUACAAAGGAGAAAAAGAAAAAACAAAAUCAAAGAGCAGCUGGAAUAUGAGAACGCCAC